UUUCAGAAGAGGAAGAUAGAGUUUUCGAGCAAGUCCUUGCCACAGCCACACAUACGUCACUCUACGCUCUUCUUGACGUUUCAAUUCAUAACAAAAACUGAAAAGUGAAGGAUAAAAAGGAAACAAGAAUUCCAGAACAUGUCGACUGCGAAAAUCACACCACCGGCAGCCGCACUCUCUACUACCAUUAAACACCUUGCUUUACGCCCUCGUCCCACCCGGAGGUAUUUCACCACCAGGAUAACCGUGCCCGGAUUCGGUAAACGGCCUAAAAACGGGCUGGGCAUGGCAAUGUGCUCGAAAGCAUCGGACCCGCUUGAGGUCUGCGCCAAGGAGUCCCUCACUACUCCCAACAAGCUUGGCGACUGUCCCUUCACGCAAAGAGUUUUGCUUACAUUGGAGGAAAAGCACCUUCCAUAUGACUUGAAGUUGGUUGAUUUGAAGAACAAACCUGAAUGGUUCUUGAGCAUAAGUCCAGAGGGUAAAGUUCCCUUGAUAAAGCUUGACGAGAAGUGGAUUCCGGAUUCUGAUGUUAUAACGCAGGCGCUGGAAGAAAAAUUCCCUGAUCCACCACUUGCAACGCCACCGGAGAAAGCUUCAGUUGGUUCGAAGAUUUUUUCCACAUUUAUUGGGUUUCUUAAAAGCAAAGACUCCAAUGACGGAACAGAGCAGGCAUUACUCAAUGAGCUGACUGCUUUCAACGAUUAUCUUCAAGAAAAUGGGCCAUUUAUCAAUGGGAAAGUGAUAUCUGCAGCAGAUUUGUCCCUUGCACCUAAGCUCUACCAUCUAGAAAUCGCUCUGGGACACUAUAAGAACUGGUCUAUCCCAGAUUCACUAACCUAUGUGAAGUCAUAUAUGGAGACUAUAUUCUCCAUGGAUUCUUUCAUCAAGACACGAGCUCUGCGGGAAGAUGUGAUUGAGGGUUGGCGGUCGAAAGUGGAAGGUUGAGGCAUCACUACAGUCAUCAGCAGUCAGCACUUUUUGGCGGCUUCUGGUUGUAUCCCAACAUACAUGUUGGACAGGUUGUUCACUGUUACAUAACAUCGUACUCUCUGAGUUCAAGUUGAAACAUGUCUAGUUUCCACCUUGUGGUGUAGGAAUUUUGAUGUUUGCAAAACUUAAAUGAAAUUAGUGUAUUAAUGUACAAAAAUAUGACAUGAAAAUAUUUUUGGUAAAUUUCAAAUGAGUUUGAGGGUGUGCAACCCUUUCAGCAGUA